GAAACAUGCAAAAGUGAAUGGCUGCAGGAACAUCUUCUCGAGCUCUCAGCUGCCUGCCUCAGAUCACCUAUUUAGUCCGUAAAUAACAACAUUGUGCUGAAAAACAGUAUCUUUGUGGGGGCAAUCCACAUUCUGUGUUUGUUAAAAAAAACACCCUCAAAUUAUCCCUAUUCAGAACCUUUGGGAAUCAUCAUUUACCUUCUGCUGUGAGCAUCUGGGAACGUGUGUUUCUGAGUUGUCCACAGGAACAUGGCUGUGGAGGAGCUGCGAAUCUCAGGGUUCAGUCACCUGGGCCCAGCUACGCCAGAGGAAUGGCUCCAUCGACAGAUAAAAACAGAAGCGCCGGACCCAGUUGAUCCCAAAUCAGGAGACGGGCCAUACAUUGUCAAAGCUGGUAGUAUCGGGGAAUUUCUUCAAAGCUCCCAUACUUCUGACGAGUUAAGGGUGGAAUUAUACUGGACUUGGGAAGCCCAGUGGCAAGAGUUCUUGAAGAAACUGGAGUCUUCCCACUCAGGGUGGGGAGACCCACAGCUGCCGGGGGAGCCCGCUCCAUGGGACGAUGCCAAGGCCUUUCUGUCUUCUUUUGAGCAAGUGGCUGAAGCCUGCCGGUGGCCCAGAGAAGAGUGGGUGGCCCGACUUCUGCCGGCCCUCAGUGGAGAAGCUGAGCAGGCCUUUGGCAAGCUAAAGGCCAGAGACAAGGCAAAUUACAGGAAAGUUAAGGCAGCCAUCUUGCAAGGAGCUGCCCUGAGGAGAGAGAAGCAGCGUCAACACUUCCGGCGUUUCUGCUAUCAGCAGGCAGAGGGGCCACGAGGGGCUUACAGCCAGCUCCAGAAACUUUGUCAUCAAUGGCUAAGAGUGGAAAAACGCUCAAAAGCCCAGAUCUUGGAGUUGCUGAUCCUGGAGCAGUUGCUAAGCGUCCUGCCAUUGGACAUCCAGAAGUGGGUCAGAGCACGUGGCCCUGAGACCUGUGCCCAGGCAGUGAUCCUGGCUGAGGUUUUCCUACAGAGGCAAGAAGAGGCUGUGAGGUGGAAGCGGCGGGAGCCGAUGCCAUACAUGAGUUGCCCAGAGGCAGAGCAGGCUGUACCUGACACCGGACAGAAGCCUCUGGGCCAGGAAGCCAAGGAGGGGAUUGAUGGCUUAGAUGUGAAUUGUCAGGAACAUUCCAGGCAAGGGAGAGAGAGCGAAAGGGGAAAAAAUCAACUGGGAAGUCCUGAACAAACAAAACUGUCCCAAAGGAUGCCUCUGAAGGCAAAGCAAAAUGCUGUUUCCCAGGGUGAGGAACAGGCAGGAGCUGUUAAAUACCAACACCAACCAAAGAAAAGGCGAAGAAACCACUGUAGGAAUGGAACAGGUGCAUCUAUUUCUUAUCUAGGGAAUGAGAAGGCUGUCAAAGAAACCCCACAGCAGCAGACACUAAAUACACAGCUGGAGUCCAUAGAAGACCUCAGAGAGGAGUCAGGCCAGCUUAUAUGUGACAGACCUCUUUUUCAGUGUACUGAGAAAGGCCUUGGUCGCAAAGACCUUUUUGCGAAUCACCCGCGAAGAAAUGGCUUGCAUAAAUGCACUUCCUGUGGAAAGACUUUUAGUCAGAGGUCUCGGCUUGCUCUCCAUGAAAGGGUGCAUUCAGUGGAGCUCUAUCAAUGCUCCCACUGCCCAAAAGCCUUCAGCCAGAGUCGCCAGUGGGUCGCACAUGAGAGAACCCACACUGGACGGAACUUGUGCAGAUGUUCCUACUGCGGGCUCGGCUUCAGCCGGAACUGGCUCCUCGUUCUGCAUGAAAAAUCCCACAUGGAUCGGAAACCCUACAAGUGCUUGUAUUGUGGGAAGAGCUUCAAUUGGAAGUCACAGUUUAUCAUCCAUGAGAGAACCCACACCAAGGAGAAACAGGGGAAUGGUGGAAAGCCAUAUAAAUGCUCCAUCUGCGAGCAGUCGUUCACCCAUCGUUGGCUCCAUGCAAUGCAUGAAGGGACACACACUGGUGAGAAACCUUAUGAGUGUGCAGAGUGUGGGAAAAGAUUCUAUUCGGAUACAGGCCUUACUAAUCACGCAAGGAUCCAUGCCGCAGAGACGGAAACAACCUGAAUAGCCCUGGGACUUAAUUUACAAGUUGCACCUCAUUGUAGAAUUUAUAGUACAUAAUAUCUCAAAUCUUGACCUGUUUCUGAGAAAAGGUUCUGUGAGAAUGUUUCCUAUAAGACAGAAAACAACCCAUGAGAGAGAGAGAUAAUUAGGGAGGGACUAGCUCAAAGACAAGGUUUUGUAUAUCAUAGGAAUUGUGACCAAUAAGUGAUCGAUCUAGCCAGAAGAUACCAAAAAAAUCUACAUGAGUAGGGAAAAACACGAGUAAACCAAAUCAAGCAAUGCCACCCCUUCCUGUGAUAGCUCAGUGAAGGAAUUGCUUUUUCAUACAAGCAGGUGCUAGAGAAUAAAAGGGCCAGAAUCCAGGAUUGUUUUGGUUCUGUGAUGUUUUUCUUGUUUUUUCCCCUUGAUGUUUUUUUCCCCUGGGGCCUAAUGGACUCUGUAGUUCCCUCACAGCCACAGAAUGAGUUUUCUGUGUGUAGAGAAUUACUAUUUUAUGGAGGAACAUUCAUUCCCUCACAUGUGCUCCUUCUUGAAAAUCAGAAAUGGGACAUGCUUAGAUGCAGGUUUACAGGCCCGUAACUACCAUAGGGCACAUGGGGGCAAAACCCUCUGAGAAAAACACUCCCCCCCCCAACCGAAUUCCUAGCUUUCAUUUAAAAAAUAAAAAUCAAUCCGUUCCUGACAAGAUAAAUUCUUAUCUGCUCUUUGCUGAGGCUAUUUGCUUCUUUCCUUUUCAGUAUUUGCAGUGAUAACUGGUGUGAAGAUUUUUAAUAUUUUAGUAUGUCCUCCUCUGCAGUGAGACAUUUGUCUCAGGAGCAGGUGGGCUGAGGGUGGUGGUGCUGGAGCAGAAAAAGGCACGCCCAAAUUCACUCACUUUGAUAUCAAGUUUUUAUGUUCUAUUGCAAGCCGUUUUGCUGUAACUUUCCUGAGUCAAAUAAUGAGCUUCUAAACACUUUUUCUCACCAGUGAAUAGCCACUGUCCAGUUCUUGUCCUCGUCUCCCACAGAACUGAAAUUAGGGCUGAAGAAGCACCGUGCUCAGGCAGGAUUGAACUCUGAACCAAUGGAAAAAGAACUUCUCAGAGGGCCAAGGAAGCAUAAUACCACAGCGUUCUUAAACUCCUUGCUAGGGAAGGAAGGUGAGGAGAAAGUGGCUUCCCUUGGUGGGAAUCUCCCUUAGGCCAAGGGUUCCCUGGAAAGCAGCCUGGUAACCUGCUCUGGUACCUCCUGAGAACAUCUAUACUGACCCUCUGAGAAGAUGCUUUUCCAAUGCAGUAUUAGAAGACUAAAGAAAUAAUGGGGUGUAAACCACUAGAAGAGUGUUUUCCAAACAUGGUUCUGUAGGUCAGGGGUUCUACAAGAAAUUAGUAAUGAAUUCAAUAUUUGUACAAAAAUAAACAAGUGCAAAUAUCAUA